AAACAAUGGCGAUUCUUCAAUCUUUCCUAUUGCUUCUAUCCCUUCCCUUUCUCUUCACGUUAAUCUACACCAAGAAGAUGAAGGAAUCGAAACGGAAUCUUCCUCCUGGUCCAGCAAAGCUUCCGAUCGUCGGAAACCUACACCAGCUACAAGGGAUGGUUCACAGAUGUCUUCAUGAGCUCUCCAAGAAACACGGACCAGUGAUGCAUCUCCAGCUAGGGUUUGUCCCACUGGUCUUGAUCUCAUCGAGUGAAGCAGCUGAAGAGGCUCUUAAAACACAUGACAUUGAGUGUUGUACGCGACCUAACACUAACGCCGCAAGGGUUUUCUCCCGUAACAACAAAAACAUCGGCCUUGGGGCAUACAGUGAUGAAUGGAGAGAGCUGCGUAAGGUUGCGGUUCGUGAGUAUUUCAGCGUAAAAAAGGUACAAUCUUUCAGGUAUGUUAGGGAGGAAGAGAAUCACUUGAUGGUCAAGAAACUGAGAGACUUGGCUUUGAAGCAAUCUCCGGUGGAUUUGAGCAAAACCCUCUUUUGCCUAGCUGCAAGUACCGUAUUCAGACCUGUCUUUGGACAGAGUUUCUCAGAUAACAAGCAUUUCAGCGAGGAAAAGAUCGAAGAACUGGUGUUUGAAGCUCAGAAAAGUUUAACUUUCAAAUUUUCUGAUCUUUUUCCUAUUCCUGGUCUUGGAUGGUUUAUAGGCUUUGUGUCAGGCCAACAUAAGGGCCUUCACAAAGUGUUCAUCGAGGUUGAUAAUUUUCUUAAUCAUAUGAUUGACGAUCAUCAAAAGCAGAACCAACCUCAAGAUCGUUCUGAUAUCGUCGGCUCCCUCUUAGAUAUGAUACAUAAUCAAGAACAAGAUAAAUCUUUCAAGCUCACCAUUGAUCAUCUCAAGGGAAUCACCCAAGAUAUAUUUCUGGCUGGGAUAGACACAAGUGCCAUUACCAUGAUUUGGGCGAUGGCAGAACUUGUUAACAACCCGAGAGUCAUGAAGAAAGUUCAAGACGAGAUUCGGUCUUGCAUUGGAAUAAAAAAGGAGAGAAUCGAGGAAGAAGAUGUCGGUAAGCUACAGUACUUGAAGCUUGUGAUCAAAGAAACCUUAAGACUACACCCAGCAGCUCCUCUUUUACUUCCAAGGGAAACAAUGGCUGAUAUCAAGAUUCAAGGCUACGACAUUCCUCGAAAAACCCUCCUUUUAGUUAGCGCAUGGUCGUUGGGACGAGAUCCGAAAUACUGGAAAAAUCCUGAGGAGUUUAACCCGGAGAGGUUUAUCGAUUGUCCUGUGGAUUACAAAGGACAUAGCUUUGAGUUUUUACCAUUUGGUUCUGGUAGGAGGUUUUGUCCAGGAAUGGCUUCGGCGAUUGCGACCAUUGAAUUGACGCUCUUGAAUUUGCUUUACUUCUUUGACUGGAAGUUGCCUGAGGAGAUGAAAGAUAUGAACAUGGAAGAAUCUGGUGAUGUCACAAUUGUUAAGAAAGUUCCUCUUGAGCUGCUCCCGGUUCUUUAUCAUUGAAUGAUGGCUUAAACUUAAGAAGAAAAAACUUAAAAUAAAU